AUGAACCUGGACAUAUGCAAGUACUUGUGCUUGGAUGAAGCCGACAGGCUCAUUGACUUGGGUUUCGAGGAUGAUAUCAGAGAGGUUUUCGACCACUUUAAAGCCCAGCGCCAGACGCUGCUGUUUUCCGCCACCAUGCCCAAGAAAAUCCAGGCGUUUGCGAAAAGUGCCCUGGUGAAGCCGGUUAUGGUUAAUGUGGGGCGUGCAGGUGCAGCGAAUCUGGACGUGAUUCAGGAGGUGGAGUACGUGAAGCAGGAGGCCAAGAUCGUGUACCUCCUCGAAUGCCUCCAAAAAACGCCGCCUCCGGUUCUGAUUUUCUGCGAGAACAAAGCCGACGUGGACGACAUUCACGAGUACCUGCUGCUCAAGGGAGUGGAGGCGGUGGCAGUGCACGGAGGGAAGGACCAGGAGGAGCGCGAGGCGGCAAUCGCGGCGUUCAAGGCCGGGAGGAAGGAUGUGCUGGUGGCGACUGAUGUGGCGUCCAAGGGGCUGGACUUCCCGGACAUUCAGCACGUGGUGAACUAUGACAUGCCCGCUGAGAUUGAGAACUAUGUUCACCGCAUCGGCCGCACGGGGCGCUGCGGGAAGACGGGGAUUGCCACCACGUUCAUCAACAAGAACCAGUGCGGUGCUGAGGGGUCCAGGUGGGUGCAGUGCGGUGCUGAGGGGUCCAGGUUGGUGCAGUUCGGUGCUGAGGGGUCCAGGUGGGUGCAGUGCAGUGCCGAGGGGUCCAGGUUGGUGCAGUGCGGUGCUGAGGGGUCCAGGUGGUUGCAGUGCGGUGCUGAGGGGUCCAGGUGGGUGCAGUGCGGUGCUGAGGGGUCCAGGUGGGUGCAGUUCGGUGCUGAGGGGUCCAGGUGGGUGCAGUGCAGUGCUGAGGGGUCCAGGUUGGUGCAGUGCAGUGCUGAGGGGUCCUGGUGGUGCGGUCCGGUGCUGAGGGGUCAAAGCGAGACGAUUCUGCUGGAUCUGAAGCAUCUGCUGCGGGAGGCGAAGCAGCGCAUCCCCCCCGUGCUGGCCUCCCUGGACGACCCCAUGGAGGACGCAGAGGCUCUCGCCGCCGCCUCUGGUGUGCGCGGGUGUGCCUUCUGUGGCGGCCUUGGCCAUCGCAUCAGCGAGUGCCCCAAGCUCGAGCACCAGAAGACUCAGGCCAUCUCUGGGAAUCACAAGGACUACUUGGGGUCGGGAGGAUCAGAAUACCCAUGGGUUAGAGUAGAAUUCCCUGCUAUUUUAGCCAAUCAGAGAAGGUUAACCUUGUGCGCGAUAGAUGAGCGCGAUUGGACGACUAAUGGCGGUCGGAGCGGCGGAGGGCAGCGGAGGAGGCCGUCCGUUGUGUGGGAAACGGGGGAGGGAACCGGUGCGGAGGGGCGGAAUGCGGUGGGGGAGGGACGGAAUGCUCUAUGGGAGGGGUGGGGUUCACCGGGGGAGGGGCGGAAUGCGCCAGGGGAGGGGCGGAAAUGGACCGCGCGGGAGGGGGAAAGAAGGGGUGGAGCGAAUGCAGUGAGAGGCGCAGUUUGGCGCAGAGGCGCAGUGGAGACGCGGGAGGCGGCGGGGGGAAGAGAGGCGGCAGGGGGUAGGGGGGCGGGAGGGGGGAGAGAGGCGGGAGGGGAAAAGGAGGGAGCAGAGAGAAGAGGAGAUGAAGAGGGGCAGACGGGAACGAGUGAAAGCAGGGUAGCUGCAUGGGCAAGGGGAGAAGAGGGGAGAGGAGGGGGAGGGGCGCAAGGAAUGAGCAGCGACAGCAGAGACGAGAGAGUGAGGCAGCGGAGCAGGGCAGACGGGUGGGUGGGGCCAUCUUGGGAGAAGAGAGGGAAUGGGGAGUCGAGAGCAAUGGGGCCAGAGGGGAGAGUUGGGGGAGGAGGGAGAGGGACUCAACGGGCGAGCAGCAGCAGUCACAGCAGCAGGGUAGACGCGUGGGUGCCUCCCUCUUGGGAAAAGAGAGGGAAUGGGAAUUUGAGAACAAGGGGAGCUGAGGGGGGAGGAGGGGUUGGGGCGGAAAGGACGAGCAGUAGUCGCAGCAGCAGGGUAGACGCGUGGGUGGCUCCUUCCUGGGAGAAGAGAGGGAAACGAGCAUGGUGGAUGGAAGGCGAGGAUGGGGGGAGUGGAGGAGAGGGGGGGAGUGGAGGGGAUGGGGGGAGUGGAGGGGAUGGGGGGAGUGGAGGGGAUGAGGGGAGUGGAACGGACGGGAGUACUGCAAGGGACGGGGGUAUGAGAGGGACUGAGGUGGAAGUUGAGAGUAGGGCGGGAUGGUUAGAGAGGGAUGGAGAAGGCAUGGAAGGGGAAGGAGUAGGAGUAGAGAGAGUGAGAGGAGAAGGGGUUUUUCCAUGGCAGGACGCUGUAUCAUCAGCCACAGCAGCAGCUGCAGCUGCAGCAGGUGCUGGUGGGUCUUCCAGUGGUGCUGUGGUUGCUGAUACAGCCGUGGUAAGUGCCAGUGGAUUACUGAACGAGCAGUCGCACUCACCAUCCACAGCAGCAGUCGGGGGUUCUACCGAUGGUGCGCCCACAGCAGCAUUUCACGAGCAAUCACAGUUCCCUGACCGACCAGCGGCAGUAGCAGCAGGAGCGGCAGCAGCAGCAGGAGCAGCAGGAGCAGCAGCAGGAGCAGGAGCAGCAGCAGCAGCAGGAACAGCAGCCGCAAAACAAUUGGUGGUGGCUGCAAGUGUUGGUGAUCAACCCACACGAGCACGAGUGGCAUAUCCACCAUUCGACACAGAAGAGCCAGACGCAGCAGAAUCACACGCAGGAGAGCAAGCCGAAUCACGAGCAGCAAUGGUAGCAUCGGCACUGAACACAGCAGAGUCACAUGCAGCAGAUCGUGCUGAGAGCCCGACUCCUUCCCCUGGCAGGGCUUCAAAGGGCGGCGGGCUGGGAGGGCAGUCACGCACACAGGAGCAGCAGUGGCCAUGGGAUGAGGAGGAGGGGGAUAUCCCAUGCGCAGGGAUUACCAGUGUUGCUGAUGACGAUGGUGAUGGUGGUGUUGGUGGUGUUGGUGGUGGUGGUGAUGGUGUUUCCAGUGUGACCCGGAGCAGAGCAGCAGCGGCGGCCACUGACAGUAGCAGCACCAGGAAGAGCGGCAGGAAGAACACUUCUUUCACCAGGGAUGGCAGCAGCAGCAGUAAGAAUGCCCCUCUGGAGUCUGCUAGAAUACCCAGGCUGGAAUUUUCAGGAAACGGUAUACCCUCCUUGCCGUCUCAAAGCAGCAGCAGGAGCGGUAGAAGCAGCAACAGCGGAAGCAGCCUGGAAGUUUCCCGGGACAGCCCCGUGGCGCUCGCGCUGCAGGAGAGGCGCAAGGUGGUGCGGGCGGCGCUGAUGUCAGCGUUUGAGGAGGUGAAGCUGGGGAAGGUGUAUUCCAGGGAGCUUAUGAGGCACCUCCCUGCCUAUAUCGACCAGCUCGUGCUCCAGGUGAGGCUUCAGGUGCCUUUUCAGGCUGUAGCCCUCAAGUCCGAUCCGCACUACACCUUCCACUCCUUCCCCCACCGCGCGGCCAUCGCAGUGCACCGCUCUGCACCGCACCUGCUCGCGCGGUGGCUGAAGCAGACGGCCAAGCAGACCUUCGCCCGCACUGCCGCCCUCAUCACUCUCGCUGCCGCCAUGCAUGCUGAUUCCACUGAUGCUGCUGCUGAUGCUGUUUCUGCUGUGGGGGGAAAUGCCCUUGCCAGACGAGAUGGGCCGCGUGAGGGGGAGGAGCAGGAGCGGCGGAGUGGUGUGGUGUGGGUGCGGGAUUACAUCGAGUGGUUGCACCGAGCAGGGGUGAAGCAUGAUGUGGUGGGCCGCAUCGUUGUCCGCAACCCUGCCAUCCUUGCCACACCGAUCCACGACCUUCAGGUGGGUAGCCCGCACGAGCGGGCAUGGGAGCGGUUGCACCGAUUAGGCGUGAAGCAUGAUGUGGUGGGCCGCAUUGCCGUGCGCAACCCUGCCAUCCUCUUUUGGUUGCACCGGGCAGGCAUGAAGCAUGAUGUGGUGGGCCGCAUUGUCGUGCGCAACCCUGCCAUCCUCGCCACGCCCAUUCAUGACCUUCAGUGGGUGAGGGAUGACAUCAAAUGGUUGCACCGAGCAGGCGUGAAGCAUGAUGUGGUGGGCCGCAUUGCCGUGCGCAACCCUCCUUGCUGCACCCAUCCACCAGCUUCAGAAGGCGUGCGGAGGGAGUGGGUAGGAGUGGUGCUCAGCAAGACGCCAGGCGUGCUGGUGGAAUCUCUUACGGUUUUCUCCUCGCUUACCCAUUUCCCCCCUUCCCUCUCCCGUGUACCUUCCGCCAUGCCUUUCAUCGGGUAUCUCCCUCCUCUCUUCCCCUUGCUCCAGGUCCGAGUAGACUACCUGGUCGACCAAGUGGGUGUGCGGAGGGAGUGGGUAGGAGUGGUGCUCAGCAAGGCGCCAGGCGUGCUGGUGGAUCCAUUUGAGAAGCUUCUAGGAAAGGGGCGGCUGCUGCAUGCUAUGCUUGAGCCGCUGGCAGCGCAGCAGCGGGAGCAGUGGGAGGAGCGGGAGAGGGAGAGGAGGGUGAGAGAGGCGGAAUGGGAGGAGGAGGCAAGGCUGAGGGAGUGGAGGGAGGAGAGGGAGGAAAGCGAGGAGAGGGAGGGAAGGGAAGGAGAGGCAAUGGCAACAACCACAAUCCCAGCAGUAGGAGCAGCUGCAGCAGCAGACAGAAGAGCAGCAGCAGACAGAAGAGCAGCAGCAGACAGAAGAGCAGCAGCAGAUGCAAGUGCAGCAUCACAGAAAAGAGCAGCAGGUGGAGAAUCAGAGUCGCUGGUUCUAUCUCUCCCCCCCCUCGCCUCUCGAGACAUCCCUGCAGCUCUCCGCCUGCCAGACUCCUUCCAGCACCACCCGUUGCCGAAAAGCGUGUGGGAGCUUGCCGGCACAGUGGUGUACAACCACCCUCACGUGAUGAGCGACGAGGAUUUACCGAUGGAGGCACUUGAGGCAAAGUCCAGACGCCUGUCAGCUGCCUUCCAGCGCCGCCCGUUGCCCAAGAGUGUGAGGGAGCUGGCGGGCCCAGUGGUGUGCAGCCACCCUCACGUGAUGAGCAACGAGGAUCUACCCAUGGAGGCACUGCAGGCGAAGUGGCACAGUGGUGUAUGGGAGCUGGCAGGCACAGUGGUGUACAACCACCCUCACGUCGUGAGUGACGAGGAUUUACCCAUGGAGGCACUGCAGGCAAAGAUACGGGAGUCAUGCUGGAGUGGAUGGGGUCCGUCCAGUCUCCUGCUAGCCAGGCUCCUUCCAGCACCACCCAUUGCCUUAACGUGUGGUGGAGCUGGCAUCACAGUGGUGUGCAACCACCCUCACGUGAUGAGCGACGAGGAUGUACUCCUCAUGGAGGCACUGCAGGCGAAGUGGCUGGCACAGUGGCUGGCACAGUGGCUGGCACAGUGGCUGGCACUGUGGCUGGCACAGUGGCUGGCACAGUGGCUGGCACAGUGGCUGGCACAGUGUGCUGAUGAGAGAAAUGGAUCUUCAGGUCAAGCUCACAUUCUUCAGUCCUUACGUAUUGUGUGCCAUUGUAACGAGCUCGCAUUCUUCGAAUCGCUCCACAUCAGGGGAGUGGGCCUCGCUAAAGUCAUCGUGCGCCGCCCGCAGUUGCUGAGCAGCUCGCUGGACGCCACGUGGCAGCUGCUGAUUCGCUACCUCUCGCUGUUGGGGCUCACCAACACGCAGAUCGGGGAAAUGGUGGUGCGCCACCCAAAGGUGCUGCAGCUCACCGUGCAGGCGGAUGUCUCUCCUAAGGUAUGGGUGAGGUAUAGGAGAGAUGGUGAGAUGGUGGUGCGCCACCCAAAGGUGCUGCAGCUUACAGUGCAGGCAGACGUGUCUCCCAAGGUACGGAUGGGUACGGAUGGGUACGGAUGGGUGUGGAUGAGUGCAUGCCGUUCAAACCUAAUCGGCGAGAUGGUGGUGCGCCACCCGGAAGUACUGCAGCUUACAGUGCAAGCAGACGUGUCUCCCAAGGUAUGGACGUGGUCUUGUAUGGGUACAGAUGGGUGUGGAUGGGUGCCUUCUGCAGCUGACUUACCUUCAAAUCAGAUCCGGGAGAUGGUGGUGCGCCACCCAAAAUUGCUGCAGCUUACAGUGCAGGCGGAUGUGUCUUCUAAGGUUCGCUUCCUCCGGCUGAUCGGGAUUCCCGAGGCAGAUGUAGCGGGAGUUCUGCACCGCUUUCCACCCAUCCUCACCUACAGCCUCGACAAGAAGAUAAGACCACUGGUUCGGUUCCUCGUCACCGAAGCAGGAGUCCCGGACCACGAGGUUUGGAAGGUCGUGGUGGCUCGGCCGGACUUGGUGGCGUGCCAUCUGGACGACAGGCUUCGUCCGCUAGUGCGCUUUCUGCUAUCCAUGGGCGUAGUGAGGGAAGAUGUGGGGAGCAUGGUGGUGCAGUUCCCCCCUCUGCUCAAGUACAAUCCGGCUAUUCUCAAGCCCAAGUGGCGGUAUUUUCAGAGGACCAUGCGGUUGACUGUCGAUCAUCUAGUGGCUUUCCCACGAUUCUUCAGCUAUGCCCUGGACACGCGCAUUGCUCCAAGGCACCGCCUGCUGCAGCAGCAAGGGCUGUCCUUCAGCCUGAGACACAUGCUGUGCUGCUCAGAUGAGCUGUUCUUAGAGCGGGUCAAGCACAUGCUGUGCUGCUCUGAUGAGCUGUUUUUGGAAAGAGUGAAGUGGGCGCUGGAUGGGAGGGGGGAGGGCAGUGGAGAGGACGGGAGAGGAGAGGACAGUGAGGUGGGUAGGGAGGAGGAAGUGGGGGAGGAAGCAGAGGAUGGUGAGGAGGACGAGGGAGGGGGAGAGGAAGCAGAGGUGGCACAGAAGAGAGAAGGGUUGGUGUGGUUACCGUAA